AUGGCCGCCCCAUCCGUCGUGACGAUCCAGCCGCAGUACACCAUGGCCGUUCCCGUUGUUGCCUCAAGGAACAUUUGGCAGACAGGGCUGAUGGACUGUUGCACUGACUGCAGCGUCUGCUGCUGCGGGCUGUUCUGCUUCCCCUGCCUUGCCUGCCAAGUGGCUGGGGACAUGAAUGAGGGCUGCCUGUGCGGAACCAGCGUGGCCAUGAGGACCCUCUACCGCACCAGAUACAACAUCCCGGGAUCCAUUUGCUCUGACUACUGUAUCACUCUGUGGUGCCCCGUGUGCUCUGUUUGCCAAAUUAAGAGAGACAUCAACCAGAGGAGGCAGCAGGGCAUAUUCUGGUAA